GUUACACUCCUUUCUUUGCACAUUCUGAAUUUAGUACAGUUAAUUCUAUAGAUCUAUAUAGAGUGUGUAUACUACUAGCGUACUAGUCUUGUCUAGAUCUAUUUAGUAUACUAGAUCUAGAAUAUAUCUAUGGUGUAUUGGACGUAAAAAUAUUAGAUCUAGAUAUACAAAAUUGAGAGACAAAAGCAAGUAGCCCUGCUUUGUGUCACUUAUAGUCUAGAAUAAUCUAGAUAUUUGUCUACUACUUAACUAAAAUCUAGAUCUAUUUUUGGACUAUCCCGACUGCGACUAGUAGUGUCUAGCUGAGUAAAACCCCAUCUUGACCUCAGCAGCAAGUGCCAGGUCUGUGGCAGUGGCGUAGGAAAGUCCAUGGCAGUGCAAUAAUUGACGAAAACAUGGACUGUGAUCUACCAAAUCUUAAGACUGCCAACUAGAUUUACUAGAUCUAGUCUACAAAAAAAAAAAAGACUCAAAAGUUAAAUAAUGAACACAUAAAACUGACUUCAGUGGUAGUACAUACAACAAUGACUUCACCUCUUUCAAGCAUAUUUACUUUCACAAGUCCAGCUGUUAAAAGACUUCUUGGCUGGAAGCAAGGAGAUGAAGAAGAAAAAUGGGCAGAGAAAGCUGUAGACUCAUUAGUAAAAAAGUUAAAAAAGCAAAAAGGUGCUCUUGAAGAUCUUGAGAAAGCGUUAUCGUGCAAAGAUCCCCACACUAAAUGUGUGACUAUCCAAAGAUCUCUUGAUGGAAGACUACAGGUGUCUCACAGGAAAGGUUUGCCACAUGUCAUCUACUGUCGAGUAUGGAGGUGGCCAGACUUACAGUCCCACCAUGAGCUCAAGCCUCUAGAGACAUGUGAAUACCCAUUCAGUGCUAAACAGAAGGAAGUCUGUAUUAAUCCUUACCACUAUAGAAGAGUGGAGAGUCCAGUUUUACCACCUGUCCUUGUUCCACGCUACAGUGAGUAUCCCACUCAUGGAGUUUUACCACAGUUCCAGCAAGUUCCAGAACCCUCAAUGCCUCAUAACAUUACUUACCCUUUCCAGCAACAACAGUCUCCACCAGCCCCAAGCUCAGGACCAGGCAGUCCAUUUGGAAUACCAGCUGACACUCCACCUCCUGCGUACCAAGCUCAUGAUGACAACCAAAACAACACAAAUGGCCCUCAGCCCAUGGAGACAGGCCAUGGGCCCAACAUUGCACACAGUGGUCCCCCCAUUCUUCCAGGCCCAACAUUUCCAUUGUCCAAGAUAGAGCCCCACUUAGCAGACAAGCAAGCAGUCAAUUACCAGGAGCCUCAUUAUUGGUGUAACAUUGUGUAUUAUGAACUCAACAACAGAGUGGGGGAGCAGUUCCAGGCGUCAUCUCACAGCAUUGUUGUGGACGGCUUCACUGAUCCAUCACGUACAGACAGGUUCUGUUUAGGUCUGCUCUCUAAUGUCAACAGAAACUCUACCAUUGAGAACACACGCAGGCAUAUAGGACGAGGAGUUCACCUUUACUAUGUUGGUGGAGAGGUCUAUGCUGAAUGUUUAAGUGACAGUAGUAUUUUUGUACAGAGCAGGAACUGUAAUUAUUCCCAUGGAUUCCACCCAACGACUGUCUGCAAAAUACCACAGAAUUGUAGUCUCAAGAUAUUUAAUAAUCAGGAGUUUGCAGCUCUCCUGUCCCAGUCAGUCAACCACGGCUUUGAGGCAGUCUAUGAGUUAAACAAAAUGUGCAUCAUACGCAUGAGCUUUGUGAAAGGGUGGGGAGCGGAGUACCACCGGCAAGAUGUGACGUCUACCCCUUGCUGGAUUGAGCUCCACCUGAAUGGUCCACUUCAGUGGUUGGACAAAGUUCUCACCCAGAUGGGAUCACCCAUGAACCCUAUCUCAUCCAUGUCUUGACCCAUUGAACCAUAACUUGUUAUCUCAAAGGUAGAAGGGUUAGUCUUACAAGCAGUUAAAUGAUGAUGGAUGAUACUGUUUGCAUAAUGUGAUAUGUUUGAGUUACAGACAUUUUUUUUAUAGAAACUUUUUUAAUCUUUUAAAAUAAUGAAACUAUUUUUAAGUGGAUUAAUUAGUCUUAAAGCUGUUCAAUUGUUAUACAGUUGUGUCUGAACAGUUUUCUUUAAAAAAAAAUACAUAAUAUAAAAUUUCUCUAUCAUUAUAUAAAAUAAUACAAUUCUAUUCAGCAAUUUAUUACAAACUAAACGAAUUGGAUUGAGCUCUAAGUCCUUUUCCUUUAGUCAGUUUCUUUUGUUAUCUAUUGUUAUAUUUCAUACUAGUUGACCCUUUGAUACAAAAAACUGAUUGCAAGAUGGCAAACUAUAUACAUAUAUAUAUAUACUUAUAUGUGAAGAUUAUGUUGAUAUUUUGUUUCUCUUAGCUCACUUAAAUGCAACUUACAUUAACUGUUAUAGAAAAUGGAGAUGUAACUACAAUUAUGAAAACUUGUUUUUUUUUUUCUGUAAAUGAAAAAAUUGCAAACACUUUUCCAUGAGGUAGUGUAUACACCAAAUGGGGAAAAACAAAGUCUUGAACAUGAGAUUUAAAACAAAUUUUAUUGUUAUGAUUCUAUUACUAAUUUGUAAUAAUUGAAAUUUGAUGUACACAAAAUGAAAUGUAGACAAAGUUAUCACAUGCUCAUAGUUUUAUAUUAUUUGUAUCUAUGUUGGACACACAUGAUUGGUUCAUAUAUAUAUAUGUCUUUUUUUUUUUUGCAACAUAAUUACAUGCAGUGCAUGUGUUUUUCUAAUGAGCCCAUCAUCAAAAUACUUCUUUAUACUCAUCACCUGGAUUGGUGGUUAAUGUCUAUGCAAACGAAUACCUAACAGUCUUCCAGGAAAACCAUUUCAGAUACCUGUAUUUAAAGCAAUAAGGAAAAUCAUUUUCUUUUUUUGUAAAUGAUUGUUGGUGCUUUUUUUAAAGGCAGGUACUUUGUUUCAUAUGUACUGUUUCAUUAAGGCUUGACACUAAGUCUUCAUACAUAUACAAAUAUAUAUUAAUGAUUCAUUAAGUGUUCAUACAAUUUUUCAGAACUGAGCUGCCCAACUAUAGUGUACAGUGUAUGACUAAUGUUAAAAAUUUAAAUUACUGAUAUCAUAUUUCUGAUAAAAAGACAAAUACUAUUUUUCAUUUUCAAAAUGGAGUAAUAUUUUUGCUAAUGAAAGGGAUAUAUAUAUAUAUAUAUAUAUAUAUAUAUAUAUAUAUAUAUAUAUAUAUAUAUAUAUAUAUAUAUAUAUAUAUAUAUAUAUGUUUUAUUUGUAUCUGGUUCAUAAAGUUUGAAAAAUCUGGACUAUACUUAGUAUCGAUGUUUCCCUCCCCCCCCCCCCCCCCCCAUACCAUUCAUUGUCCACACUUUAUUCUGUUUCUUUUCAACCAGCUGGUCUGACAUUUUGUAUUUCACUGGGACAUAUCCUUGUCUCAUUAUGCUGAUGUUCUAUCAAAACCUUUCUGCGGUGCAGAGCACUUUCAUCCUAUCACUUAGAAGAUGGAAAAAAUAGUCAUAUAUUUUGUUCAUCUGACCUUUGGCUUUUAUUAGGAAACUAUUGAAAUAAAAAAUCUAUGCAUGGUGACUAGCAAACCAUGCAGCCCUUCAAAAUUGAUUUUGUUGUUUUUCUUCUAACUUGUAAACGAUUGUCAGUUUAACAUUGCAACACCUUCAGUCCUCCUUCAGAUUUGACUUUUAAAAGAAAGCUACGGUCUGCAGGCUUUUUCAGUUCACGGACCAAAGGUUUGGAACUCACUCCCCAUUAUCUCAGACAGACAACAUGCUACACCACUUUUAAGAAGAACAUUAAGACCUAUCUGUUUAAAACUUUUUUAGAUUAACUGUCUUUUUAGCUGUCGUGUCUGUGUUUGUAAUGUUAUUACAGCGCCUUGAGCCUACAUUUUGUUUGUUAACAGCGCUUUAUAAAUAAAAUUAUUAUUACUAUUUCGUAUUUAGAUAACUUGUGUGUAGGUUAAGAUUGUUAAUCAAAUUAUUUUUGGCAAAAGUAUGGCCUGUUUGUGUAUGCAUUUUAUUCAACUGCAGGUUGUUUUUUAUUAUCCUGAAGUUGAAAAGGGGAAGAUUUGAACCUCUUUGGCCCACACUCAAAUGGAAUUUGAUAUUAUUAUUGUGUAUCUUUCUCCCCUCCCCAAAAUAUUAGUAUUGUUAGUCAAAGGUUUUAUGGUCACAGGUAAAAGAAAGUAACAUUUCUCUCCUACUAAUUGUUAUUAAAAUAGGCUUGUCUUUAUGUCCAAGAUUAAUGGGGAGUGCAGUGUUUAACAUAUGCCACAAACAGCAUGUACAAGACCAUUGCCUGCUGGUGACCAAUUAAUUUCUCUUUUACUUGUCUAUGUGUUUUUGGCAAUAGCUUUCCUUUUGUUGUCAAGUAUGUAUUCUGUAGCCUGCAUAAGAGACCUCCAGCUGUCUCUUUUAGAAGCCAUUUCUUCUUUGUCAAUUUAGACAGUCUGAUUUGUGACCUGGUCUUCAAUGCACCUCUUCAUUAUAGGUUAAUAGUUUCAAGUGAAGAUUUUUUAAUGGGUGUAAAUCAGUGUUUCUUUUUACUUGUGACAACCCCCAGACAAAACAAAAAGUAUGUAAGGGCUCCUGUUAGCCAGCUAGUUGUUGUUGAGGAUUGCUUUAUGCCUAUAGAGUCCAUUCUGAGUAGCAGAAAUGCAUUCUCCUGACGCCUACAUGCACAUUUCAUCACAGUAUUAAGAACGCAAGGUAAAAUUUCAUAUAAGGAGUGAUGGGCUGAUUUUUUGGUGUGAAGGUCAUUUGAGGAACAUUGUAGUGCAUGUAUGUUUAUAAUGGGUUGCAGUUAGGCAAUACAUCUUGUAGAGGGUUUGUUUUUAUCCCCAUAAUAUGUUAGUGGAACAAUGCUUUGGCACUCAGGAGAAAUUUUACCAUUCUGGUGCGAUGAAGGCAGAUAGAAAGAUCACAUUUCACAUUGGAACAGAUUUUGAGAAUUGUUUUUUUGAUAAAGAACAUUUUAGUCAUUCUUGAUACAGAAGCCAAUAGCAAAAAAGAAAAACAUAAUAAUAUUGUAAUUGUAUCUUAUAGGCAUCUAGAUGAAUGUGUUAGUGAUCGCUUUUUAAAAGCAUAAAGAAAAACUUGUUCAGGGCUGUAGCCUCAUUAAGGGGACUAAUUCAUCUUAUACCACAUCUACAUCUGUCAAGUAUUAUUUCUAUCCUUUUUUAUAUACCAACCAUAAUUAAUUACCAGUAGUUAAUUAACUAAUUGGAUUUUUUAAAAAUUGAUUCUUGUUUUGACUGUACAAAAAACCAUUGUGCAAAAUUUCAACUUGAUCCUAGAUUGGUAAUAACGUGUACAAACUUUUGACCAGACAGAGUGAGUGAGUUGAUAUAAGCUUUGUAAAAAUGAUAUAAAAGGUCUUACCAGGUACUUAGAAGAGGAAAAGGCACCUGUUAAUUUAAUAGAUCUACUUUUGAAACUAUUGGUUACAUUUUUUGUUACUAGAUCACUAUUCUAACAUUGUGAUUUAACUACAAUGUAUAUGUAUCAUUUUUUUUUGUAUUACUUGAAACCAAAAAAAUGACCACUUUGUAAGAACAAGAUGGUCCCACUCCACAGAUUUAGAAGCUUUAUAGUCCAUAGGGUAGAGUUGAAACUUUUUAGUCUCCUCAAUGAAUGUUUACACAAAUCAAUUUGCCUAAGAGUUGUAAGAUUUGAACAAUUUGUAAUGCUAAUUUUAUAGGAGGCCCUUUUGAAAGUAUUGAGGGGGUAGAGAGAACUAUAUGUUUACUUGUCAUUAUUUGUUUUUUUUUGUGAGCCAAUUUCACAAUUGAUUGCAUACUCACUUAUACUCAAUAUUCUUUUUACAUGCAAUCCUUCAAUAUUUGUAUGUUGCAAUGCUACAGUGCUUCCAUUGUAUUUUCAUUGAUAGAUUUAGAGAAUCACUUCACAGCCUCACUAUACAAUAAAACAGCACUUGUAUAUUG